UGAUUCUCUCGCGGCGCUGUUCUUCCGGAAUUUAAUUCCCCAGGUUGUUAAUUGUUAUGUCCAAACGCGGUAGUCCUUAUGGCAGCAAAAGCGCUUAGCGACAGCAGUGGCGAAUAUUUACCCAUUCCUGUGUCAUGCAUCCGUGACCCGCCCAAGUGGAGAGAUGAUCGUCGCUGUGAGAAAGUCCCCUUGGUGAAAUCGGUCCCCUUUGUGAAAUCGGAUAGCUUUGUCCCUGCGAACAGCUAUUCCACAUUUCCAACCUUGUUGGGAACUGCUGAAAGUAAAGAUGAAGAGGAGUCGUCCAGUUGCGAGUUGAGCGAUGAAUGGCUUAAGCGACAUUUCAGCGCCCGGAAGUUUCCCCGAUCUACGAGACAUGAGCCACAACUGUCCGAGCCGGAAUUCACGCCAAUGCCUCAGCCCUGGGGAUUCAAGGAAUGGGUCGCUUUUAUUAGGACAUGGUUCCGAAUUGCUGUGAUGGCGACUAUUUGCUGCCUCGAUGUCGUGCUGUUAAGUAUGAUAGCCGAGAAGAAGUAUCGAUUGCACCUUACAUCUGUUCCGCCCAACGAAACCGAGCAGGAGGUCCCGCUGGAAUUGCUGGGAAGCAAGGCCAGUGAGAAUUACCAGACGCUGAAGGUUAUUUUCUCUGGACCAUUUUUACCGGAAGUGUACAGGAACCUGUCGCAAUAUAGUUUGAAUUCCUCAUUAGUCGUCCGCAUGAUGCCGUGGGACGAUCCGAUUGCCGACGUUAUAGAAUUGGUGACUAAGGAUAUUUCUAUUGGUCUUCUCCCUUACAAAUACCUCGUUGGAACGGAGAAUAGCAUAGUUACACAUACCUUCGAGCAAGGACAUUUACUUCACGCUUGCUUGAAAAUGAGAUGUGAACGGUUCAUCAGACUCAGCUCGAAUUUGAAUGGUCCUUUACCAGUCGGCCUGGCAUUGUUGGCUUAUAGAACUACGGCAGACGAGAACCUUCUCUUCGCGGGAUUGAUUUUGCUCGGCCUCUACAUUCUCAUCUCAUUCGAGAUUAUUCACCGGACGCUUGCUACCAUGAUUGUUGCCACAACUGGCGUGUGUGUGUUGGCGUAUAUCGACGAGAGGCCAUCCAUGAGCCAAUUGGCAACCUGGAUGGAUGUAGAAACUCUCUCGCUGUUGUUCGGCAUGAUGGUAGUUGUUUCUGUUCUCAGCGAAACUGGACUAUUCGAUUGGUUCGCCGUCCGCGCAUACAAGCUCGCCAAGGGAGCGGCUUGGAGUGUGGUGACGAUCUUGCUGGCCACUGUCGCCAUCACCUCUGCAUUCCUCGACAACGUGACGACGAUUUUGCUGAUGACACCGAUUACGAUCCGUUUGUGUGAAGUGAUGGAGUUGGAGCCGAUUCCAGUUUUGCUUCUCAUGAUUAUGUACUCGAACAUCGGAGGUACUGCGACAGCAAUCGGCGAUCCCCCGAACGUACUCAUCGUAUCAGACAAGAAGAUGCAAGAAGGGGGGAUCUAUUUCGGAAAUUUUACUCUUCACAUGUUGAUCGGAGUUCUGUUUGUGACGGUUGGCGUUCACUUCUUCGUGAGGUAUUACCUGUUCAAAGAGCUGAAUAAGGUGAAACGAACCGAGGCGGAGGAGGCCGAAGACGAUCUAGAACGAGAAAUAUGGAUGUGGCAGCGGGCGGAAUCCAGCUUCUCUCCGUAUUCGAGGCAAGAACUAUUCGUUCGGAAAAUGCUCGACAAAAAGGUUCGCCGAUUGAAACGCCGUCUGACAAAACGCAAGAAACCCGCUACAGCUCAUAACGUUCAAGAACCUGCCGACGCCAAGUUUCAAAUGAAUCUGAGGAAGCUCGAGGAAAAGUACAAAAUUCGAGACUGGGUCUUGUUGGUCAAGUGCUUGAUUGUCUUGACAGUCAUGAUGGUCGGAUUUUUCGCUCAAGCAGUUGAAGGCUUGCAAAUCAGUCUAGGAUGGGUUGCAGUCCUUGGGGCUCUUACCUUACUUGCUGUCACUGACGGUCUUGAUGUUGAAGCUGUACUGGCUCGUGUUGAAUGGACAACGCUUCUUUUCUUUGGUUCUCUUUUCAUCAUAAUGGAGACAUUGAAGCGCCUCGGAUUACUUGAUUACAUUGGACUGCAGAUAGAGACUGUGAUACUUGCAGUUUCUCCGCAAUAUCGACUCCUCGCUGCCGUGUCUUUAGUUAUAUGGACCAGUGCGUUUGCAUCGAGCUUCAUCGACAACAUCCCGUUCACAGCGAUGAUGAUCGGCAUCAUCACAAGAUUGGCGUCGAGUUCAGGGCUCAACUUGCCACUUGAACCGCUUGUAUGGGCCUUGUCUUUCGGUGCAUGUCUCGGAGGAAACGGUACUUUGAUUGGAGCAUCAGCCAACGUGGUUUGUGCAGGAGUCGCUGGGCAGCAUGGCUACAAAAUUAGCUUCUUACGAUUCAUGCGGACGGGGAUGCCAAUUAUGAUCCUGAGCGUAUUUCUCGCUCACGCAUAUUUGAUCAUCUGUCAUUUUGUGUUCGUUUGGCAUUGAAUUUCGGAACUACAGAGAUGCAGCGCCGUGACGUCGUGAUCCAGAGUAUUCCCAAUUAAAUAUAUGUAUUUUUUUCAAUUUUGAGGGAAUUGUGGACUUUUGUAUUGAAAUCUCGGAUUACACGCUCCUGGUGGGUUUUUCUUCUGCA